GCUAUCGGAGCUCCGAUUCACCUAUACAUACACAAAAGCGGUCAGCGGAUAGUUCUCUUCGCUUAUAUGUAUCUGAUUUUGAAGAAAAUAGUGUACUUUUAGAUCUUGUGAUUCGACUAUGUCGAAAUCUCCAUGGGGAAACAUUGGCGCAUGGGCUGCAGAAGCGGAGCGAGCCGAAGCUGAGGAGCGCGAACAAGCCGCCGCCGCCGCAGCAGCAGCGGCGGCGGCUCCCUCCGUCGCAGGAGGCGGCGGCGGCGACUCUCAGAACUACCCUAGCCUCAGGGAGGCCACCAGCACCAAACAGAAGAAGAAGGCGGCGAAGAUGACGUUGCAGGAGUUCACGAUGCAGGGGACCUUCGGCUCUGGCGGCUCCAGUAGCCGGCUGACGCCGGACGAGAUGCUCCGCCUCCCCACGGGUCCCAAAGAGCGGUCGGCGGAGGAAAUGCAAUCCGGGCGGCUUGGUGGAGGGUUCUCUAACUACGGGAGCAGGUUCACGGGCUCACAACCAGGAGGUCGGAGCCGAGAUCGAGACGGCGAUGGUGAAGGCUCUUGGGGCAACAAUCGGAGGUCUUAUGGGGGUUUCGAUGAUGAUCGGAGGGGGGCUCCUCCAUCUAGGGGUUCGGAUUUCGAUCAACCCUCGCGAGCUGAUGAGGUUGAUAACUGGGCUUCCACGAAGAAACCCUUGCCCUCCUCAUUCGAUUCUAAUUCUACUGCUGCUGCUCCCGCUCGUUCAAGAUAUGCUAUGCUCGGAGCCGGCGGCGGAGCCUCUAGGGCUGAUGGCGAUGAUAAUUGGGCGGCUUCGAAGAAACCUAUUGCUCCUCAAUCUUCCAGAUCUUCCACUUUCGGUUCAGGAUUCAGAGACUCGAGGCCCGAACCUGAGCGCUGGACACGAGGUGCCAGUCAGCGAUUGGUUUUGGAAUCUCCUAAGAGCGAACAGGGAAGUGAGAAUAAUGAGAUCGAGGUUACUGCGAAGGUGAACAAGCCUAACCCAUUUGGAGCGGCGAGGCCUCGGGAGGAGGUUCUUGCUGAGAAAGGUCUGGACUGGAAAAAACUGGAUAUAGAUAUAGAGACAAAGAAGGGGAGUAGUCGCCCAACAAGCUCACACUCCAGUAGGCCUGAAAGCUCCCAUUCCGCCCGCUCUGACGGGCAGGCAUUGCUGCAGGGUGUGAUAGAAGGGGCGGUGAAGCCCAAGGCAAAGGUAAAUCCUUUUGGAGAUGCCAAGCCCAGAGAGGUUUUGCUGGAGGAAAAGGGUCUGGAUUGGAGGAAGAUUGAUUUAGAUUUGGAACAUCGACGCAUUAACAGGCCUGAGACAGAUGAGGAAAAGAAUUUGAAAAAAGAAAUAGAACAGCUCAAGAAAGAAGCACUUCAAGAUGCUGGUGAAGAUCAGGCAGCCACCCAUGAUUUGAUAAAUCAAAAAGAAAGGGAAUUGGAAUUGCUGAUCCGUGACUUGGAUGACAAAGUUCGUUUUGCUGAGAAAACAACCGAAAGCCCAGGCUCAGGGUCGAACAGAGUUUCAAGCUUUGCUGAGCGUCCCCCAUCCCGGCCAGGAUCUGUUGAUGAACAUAGAAGUGGUGAGUUCAUGGAUAGGCCUAGAUCACAUGGUGCAGGAGAUGCUUGGACUGGGCCAGUUGACGAUAGAAGAGCCUUCCACGGUGGUAGGCCAGGUGAGGACAGAAGGGCUAUCCAAGGUGGUAGUCCAACUGAGGACAGAAGAGGUUUUCAAGGUGCUAGGUCUAAUGAUGAUAGAAGAUUUUUCCAAGGUGGAAGGGAGAAAAGAUAUUUUGGUAACAGGAACAUGGAGAGGUCAAGAUCAGAUGACAGAUGGUAAAUUUCGACAGCUGUGGAUUCUUUGAUCUUCUUUUCUUUGUUCUGACGGACAGAUUGAUUGGAUGAGAAUAAUAUUGUCAACUUCUGUUGAAUUGCAUCUUAAAUUUUGCUGUGAGAAUUGGAGCUAUAAUUAUUGAUUAGCACCAAGUACAUUAAUUGUUGCAUCUUGACACUUUGUAAAAUUGCAUUCUACCCUUUUCUUCUCAUCUUAUAGGCAGGCAGCAUGUUUGCUUGGUUCCAAACACUAUUGUAAUGAACAUUGGGCCAUGAUGGUCAUGUUUUGGCUUACUUUCUGUAGCAUCAUUUAUUAGUGUUUGUUUGUUUGUUUGUUUUUGGAA